CCACCACCAGUAAAUAAAGCAUAUGCAUUAUGCUUUGUCUGUGCAUGAAGUAUUACCUGCAGUAUUGCAUGCAGUAUUGCAUUUUUGUUACCGUUUUAGGUACAUCUACCAUCUGCAAAGCAACAGAAACUACAAAACAUAAUGAUGAAACAGGACAGACCUGGAGACCUAAUGGUGCAUGGUGGAUAGCAGGAGCUUCUGUGCUUUCUGUUGGCAUGGUUACAGGGCUCUGUGUCAAUGUGUGGAAAUGCCAUUCCAAGAGAAAAGCAGCUACAGAGCAGGAGUCAGAGGAUGAGCAUGUUUACGAAUCCAUAGAGGACACAGAAACAGACACACCUUACGGUUAGUGUAGUUUGGGCACUUAAGCACAUAAGAAAGCGUAAAAAAGGACGUGUUCUAGUCAUACGGAUGAAAGCAUGAACUAAUCAUUGCCUUAGUGACACUGUUAUGCAUGUUAAAAAUAUGGCUGUAUCUUUAACAUAUAGUAGUCAGUUUACAGUUGAGCAUUUUUUGAACCACUAAGUAGGCAUUCUGAACAAUACAUGUCAGAACAAUGACUUUUGAAAAUGUUUUCUGUUUUUCUAUCCACCUUACAGGACAUACACUGUAUGGACAAAAGUAUUGAUACACAUUUCUUAACCACUGAAUUUUGGUGUUUCAUUCAGACCCAUUGCCACAGGUGUAUAAAAUCAAGCACCUAGCCAUGCAGGCAGGUUUACAAAGAUUUGUGAAGGAAUGGGUCAUUCUGAAGAGUUCAGUAAAUUCAAGCAUGGUACAGUCAUAGGAUGCCACCUUUGCAAUAAGGAAGUUUGUGAAAGUUCUUCCCUGAUAGAUAUUCCACGGUGAAGUGUAAGUAGUAUUUUUGCAAAGUGGAAGUGUUUAGGAACAACCGAAACUCAGCCACAAAGUGGCAAACAGUGUAAAAUAAGCAGGGUUGCAGAGUGAUGAGGUGCAUAGUACACAAAAGUUGCCAAUGCCCUGUUGACUCAGUAACUACAGAGUUCCAAACUUCCUCUAGCAUUAACCCCUGCACAAAUACUGUACUGGGAGCUUCAUGGAAUGGGCUUCCAUGGCCAAGCAGCUGCCUGCAAGCCUCACAUUAGAACGCAACGCCAAGUGUCGGAUGGAGUGGUGUAAAGCACAAUGUCAGUGAACUCUGGAGCAAUGGAAACGUAUUCUGUGGAGUGAUGAAUCAUGUUUCCCUGUCUGGCAGUCUGAUGGAUGAGUCUUAGUUCAGCGGAUACCACGAGAACGUUAUCUGCCUGAUUGCAUUGUGCCAACUGUAAAGUUUGGUGGAGGAGGGAUAAUGGUAUGGGGUUGUUUGUCAGGGAUUGGCUAGGCCCCUUAGUUCUAGUGAAGGGAACUCUUAAUGCUUCAGCAUACCAAGACAUUUGGGGCAAUUCUAUACUUACAACUUGAGUGAGAACAGUUUGGGGAAGGUCCUUUUCUGUUCUAUCUGUCCCAGUAAACAAAACAAGGUCCCUAAAAACAAGUUUUGGUGAGUUUGGUGUGGAAAAACUUGACUGGCCCACAAAGAGGCCUGACCCCAACCCCACAGAACACUUUUCGGAUGAACUAGAUCAGAGAUUGUGAGCCAAGCCUUCAUGUCCAAUAUCAGUGCUUGACCAUACAAAUGCUCUUCUGGAUGAAUGGGCACACUCCAAACAGACACACUCCAAGAUCUUGUUGAAAGCCUUUCCAGAAGAGUGACAGCUGUUAUUGAUGUAAGGGGGGGCAAAUUCACAUUGAUGUCCAUGGAUUUAGAAUGGGAUGUCAUAAAAGUUCCUGUAGGUGUAAUGGCCAGGUGAUCCUAAAUUGUUGUCCAUGUAGUGUAUAUACUGUGUAUAUAUUAUACAGUGUUCUUUCUGAGCAAACUGAUAGCCAUACAACAUCCUACUUUAUAGUUUAACUAUAAGGUGAGAUAUCCAUAUAUCACUCAAAGGUUUUAAAAAGUGAUCUUUAAAAUGUUUUUAAAAUCAUUCCAUUUGGUUGCUGGUUAGAUCCAAGUACAAAUUUAGGUUUUCUUUGUAUUUGUUUCAGAACCUUUGCUGAUACCACACCAGUCUGACUGCACUACUUUGAAUAUGAAUUUUAGGAUUAUGGCACCAAUUGUUCCUUGUCUAAAUUAACAAAUUGUACUUUUUUUGUUUCCACAGGUUCACUGAAACCAAAUGAGAACAGUAUCAACUGAUAACACAGAAGUGAAAGUUAAAGCUUCCGCAAAACACAGAGUUAAUCCCUGGGUCAAUAGUCACUUAUCAUUCUGCUCAAUGUAAUCAGGGUAUUGGAUCAGUUGUUCUGUUCACAUCUCAAUGUGAAGUGUCCUCAUACCCAGGUCUUUUUUUCUGAAAAAUUAAAUGUGUUUGGAAUGUUAAAAUCAGCUUUACAACUAGCAGUAGCUGACCACCAUAUUAUUGUGUAGAACAUUCUCGACUUUAUUUACAGUAUUUACAGUUUAUUUACAGUAUAUUCCUCUAACAUAGAUGGAUCCAGUUUUUAUGUUUCUGAAAUAUUGGAUUAAAUUCACUGGCAAACUUAACUCAGCAUGGUGCAUGAAAGUCUUUUACACUUUAUUGAGAAUUAGCAAAAAGUCUGCCAAGUAAUGAAAAAGCUUCCGUAAUGACAAAGAUCCAAUGGUCUGAACAAGGUAGAAACCCAAAGUUAAUGUUUCAAAAAAAGUUCACAGAAAUCUUUAACACAAUAGAAGCAGAUCAAAAUACUGUGUGUGUGUGUUUAUAUUAUCACCAAAUGUUCCCCACAAUGUAGCAAAAACCUGUUAUUUUGAGAUUUUGGGUUUCAAUUUUCAGGUACCCACAAAGAACUGUGGAUGCAGUCAAAAAACUAAAAAUGCCAAAAAUCUUGUAUUUAGUUUGGCUACUUGUGGUUAAGGUUAGGGCUGGGUAAGGGUUAAGGUCAUCAUGUUGGGAUUAUAGUUUUCCCCACAAAGAUGACACAUUCUUAAGGAACAAUAAAGGUGAAAUGUUCUGUGGGGGUGGCGUGUGGCUCUGCCGGGUUAGGGUUAGGGUCAGAGUGCCCGUGACCAGAAGGUCUCAGGUCAAAUCCCUUGGUCAGUCAGCAGAGUAAUCUCAGCAUUGGGUUCAGCAAGGCCCUUAGCCCGAUUUGCUGCAGACACUGGUGACCUCUAGUUCCUCACUUGUAUGUCAUUUUGCAUAAAAGCAAUUGCUACUGUAAAUAAAACAUAUUAAAUGUAAUGUUCUUUAAGGUGCCUGGAAUAUUUGUUGUUCUUAAUGAGGAUAAUCCUGACAGGUAUGGAUUUCUGUAUGAAAAUGCUGCUGUUUUUAAUGAGUUUCAUUCACUGGAUUAUUUCUGUUUCUUUCUUGUGAUGAUUUACUUCCUCCUUGGAUAUUUUGACCAUUUUCCACUGUUACUCAACAACCUACUUAUAUUAAUAGGGCAUCUCGCAUCACACUCGAAUAUGCAGUUAACAACACGUACAUCCCAUUCUGUUUGUGGAAGAAUGACAUGAGUAUAGAAAUAUAUAACCAGCUUAAUUAAUUAUUUACCAUUUAUUGUGAGAAUGUGAUUUUGCAAAGAUAUAUUACAUAUAUUUGUGAAAGCCACCAAAAUCAAAGCAUGUAGCAUAUGUGCACUAUAUAUGUACAUCGUUAAUAAUAUACUUUGUUUUCAUCACUAUAGUGAAACAUGGAAUUAUUAUGAUAGAUCCUCAUUGCUGUUUCUUUUGAUGCUGGAAUAGCAAUUAUUAUUUUCAUAAUAGGAACUUGAUUGACAGGUAGCUGUUUGGUACUGGCAGAUAAAAGCAGAAGUUGCAGGACAGGAAACAGGAAACUUGAAGGAGAAAGAGGAGAAGCACCAUGAGGGCUGAGAUACUUCUUCAGAUGUUCUUCUCUGCUUCAGUAAGGGCCUCAAUGGUGUUCUUCAGAGUUUCAGUGCCGGAGGAACAUCAUAUUAUAUUGAACUGCAGCAUCCAACCCUGGAGCACCACCUCUCACCUGGUGUGGACACAUGGGGGUGACCGUGUCAUUGCAAAGAGAGACGGGAAAGUCACCUCUGAUAUUGACAGAAAUAAACACUCCCUCCUGAUGAAUGGAUCACUCCUAGUGAGCAGACUGCAGUCCUCCGACUCUGGGGUGUACCACUGCAACAAGCGUGCCGUGGCAAACGUUGAGGUGUUGACAGGUCUAGUCUACAAUGUGUCUACUGGGAGAACAGUGCUUCUUCCCUGUAAAACCUCAGACAAACAAAAACAAAAGUGGACAAUCAAGAAGGACAAGAAUUCCAAGCGAAAGUCUGUCUCGCUGAAAUUCAAGAACGGAACAGUGUUGAAAGAGAUAGACGACCCGCAGAAUCGAUUCCUCCAGACCGAUUUUGAGCUGAAGAUAUUUAACCUUCAGCAUGCGGAUGCUGGGGAGUACUUCUGUAAUAAUGUCAAGGUGGCCAGCUUAAUGGUGACAACAGAGACUGAGGACAAGGAUUCAGAACCAAAAGACGGUGAAAUAUCAAAAUCCAUGUCUGCAUUUACAAUGGUGCUGAUUGUGCUGGGGAUGCUCAUUCUACUAGCUGUUUCUGUUGGACUAAUCGUAUGGAUCAGAGUGAAAAACAACAAGAAAGGAAACCUUCAGGAAAAUACUGAACUCAAGUCUCAAAAAGAGUCUGAUUUAGAACAGAGAAGCCAAAAGAAAAAGGCAUCCGGAGUAGCUGACACAGAAAGCACGUGUAAACUUUACAGACACAGAGCAGAGUGUCACUUUUUGGAAAACGAAAGGGAUGGCCAAGAGGUUCCCCACGAGCAGGCCACUGAAAUCCACUACGCCUCUCUCGGUCAUCAGAACUGGAGGGACAGGCCAUUUGUGCAAGAGAAAGAUCGUUAUGUCAUCUACUCUACUGUGGUGGGGAGAGCUGGUAAUUAGUGACAGAUGUGAUGUUGCAAGUAAAUGUACCAGCCUUGAAUGUUCUCAUACUGUCUACUUCACUAUCUGACAACUAAAUCUAAAGAUGAUUGUUUGAUUUUAAAUCUAAAGAUGAAAAUUUAAAUGUGACUUAAAUAAAUUCUGUGCUUUGGGUUCUGUCUCUAUUAUCUACAGUGCAGAAUCAUCAGCCACACAGACAUCAUGUGGAAUUAUGUAGGCUUAUGCUAUUAAAUAAUGUGAGUGUCUUUUAUGUAGCCCGUGCUUGCAAAUAAAGAAAAAGCAGAAGGA